AAUAAACGAAAAAUAAAGCCGCGCGAAGAAGACACUCCCGAGCUCUGACAAUCGGUUCAUAGCAAUGGCCGGUGAUCUCUCUCAGCAAAAAGCCAGUGAAGAUGCGCAUGCGCAUGAGAAAUCGAGCUCGGUGAAGGGCAAGGAAAUGAGGGGAAAGAUCAUGGGAUGGGUUUUAGCUUCUAUAGUUGCUAUCUUUGCGCUCUUCAUCGGGUUUUCCUUCAAAUCCCGAUACCAGAUCUCCUCCAUCUCUCCCUCCUCUCAACAGAAACUCUUCAAAGUUGAUGAGCUAGCUUUGUAUAAUGGAACAGACAAGGGAUUGCCUAUCCUUCUUGGAAUUCUUGGAUCUGUAUUUGAUGUCACAAAAGGAAAAUCUCACUAUGGUGUGGGAGGAGGCUAUAAUCAUUUUGCUGGAAGAGACGCUUCUCGUGCAUUUGUAUCAGGAAACUUCGCAGGGGAAGGACUCACUGAUUCUUUGCGGGGUUUGUCAAAUGCUGAGCUUUGUAGAACUUCUGCCCCAUCCAAACCCAUUAUUCCACUCUUUGAUCAAGAGUGUUGUUGAAUGGCGGAGUUUUUACCAAAAAACUUACACACUUGUAGGUAAGUUGGUGGGUCUUUACUAUGAUGAUCAAGGAAACCCCACUAAGCAUUUAAAGGGAGCUGAGGCAAAGGCUGCCAGAGGUGCACAGCUUUUGAAGAAACAAAAAAAAGAGGAAGAUAAACUGCCGAGUUGUAAUUCGAGAUGGAGUCAGGGAGAAGGUGGUGAGGUUUGGUGUGAUAAUGGCUUCCCAAGGUUGGUACAGAGGCCUUUAGAAAUUGCAUUGACCGGGAAAAUGAGCAAACGGUGUGCUUGCUUUAGGGAAGAUCAACUGGGUGAACCAGGAUUAGAAGUUUAUGAUGGUUGUGACUACCAAGCCAAGACUUGUCGUGUUUAAAGAGCCAUUAAAACGACCUUUAGCUUGUCAGUUGUCAGUCAACAUAUAACCUCUCACAUGCAUUGGAAGGAAGUUUAUUUUUAGUUAUCAUCCUGAUACUAAAGAGGCAAUGAAACCUGAUGAAGAUUGACUGAAACGGCCAAUAGAUUUGGCAAUACGACAUGCCAAAUCUUUUGUUUUUUUUUCUUCUCCUGUUGGAAAGAUGUGGGGGCCAGGCAUUGACCGUGUACACUGUACAAGUAUGUGAUAUAUUUUUGUAGCACAACGCUGUUCAUUGAUCAUCUUCAUUUUCAGUCCCCUGUCUGGCUGCCUGCUGUCUAUAUCUUCGUUUGCUUUUUCAGAGCCAAUGAUAUGAACUUGAAAUAUACUGAUGUAUUUGGAUGUUAGUUUUAUUUAUUGCCCUCUUUUAUAUUCACAGCUUGCAAGACAUGAUUAAACACA